AUGGGGCUGGCAGCAAAUGAGUCCCCAGUCCUUUCAGCCCGAACUGAUUACUAUGGCAAGAGGACAGAGAAGGUUUUCAGCAAGUGUGAGAAGCAAGUGUGGGAAGCAAGCCUUGGUGGGAUCCAGGGAGAGCCGGCCGCCUGCGGACACUGGUGGAGCGGGCCCAGGUUGAACAUUUUAAUGAAAACGGGAUGCCUGUGCCCCGCCCCACAGCGCUCCGUCCCUGGCAAGGAGAGGGCAGUGGGAUCAUGGGUGCAGCCUCGGACCCCAUUAGGAAGGAGCUCGGAAGGGGCUGGGAGCAACCUGCAGGUGCGCUACAAGGAAGAGGUGCUGAACCGCCAGGAUGCCAAGGGCUGGCUGCUGGAGGCGCACAAAGGUGCAGACGAGAAGGCUCUCGCUGGCGCUCAGCUUGAAAAGUGCAUCGACAGCCUGAUGGAGGAAAUUGCCUUUCUGAAGAAGGUGCAUGAAGAGGAGAUCAAGGAGCUGCAGGCACAGAUCCAGUAUGCUCAGAUCUCUGUGGAGAUGGACGUGUUCUCCAAGUCCGAUCUCUCCGCCACGCUCAAAGACAUCCGCACCCAGUACGAGAAGCUGGCUGCCAAGAACAUGCAGAAUGCUGAAGGAUGGUUCAAGAGCCGCUUCACCGUGCUGACUGAGAGCGCUGCCAAGAACACCUAUGGGGUGCAUGCCGCCAAGGACGAGGUGUCUGAGAGCUGCCGCCUGCUCAAGGCCAAGACACUGGAGAUCAAAGCAUGCUGGGGCAUGAACAAAGCACUGGGAAAGCAGCUGCAAGAGCUGGAGGAUAUGCAGAAUGCCGACGUUAGUGCUCUGCAGGACACAAUCAACAAAUUAGAAAAUGAGUUGAGAACUACAAAGAGUGAAAUGGUACGAUAUUUAAAAGAAUACCAGGACCUCCUCAAUGAGAAGAUGGCUUUGGACAUUGACAUUGCAGCUUACAGGAAACUCUUGGAAGGUGAGGAGACCUGGCUCAGUUUCACCAUCGUGAGAAGCAUAGCCAGUGGCUACUCCCAGAGUUCCCAGGUCUUUGGCCGAUCUGCCUACGGUGAUUUACAUACCAGCUCCUACUUGAUGUCCGCUCACUCCUUCCCUUCUUAAUACAGCAGCCACGUCCAGGAGGAGCAGAUCGAGGUGGAGGAGACCAUUGAGGCUGCAAAAGCCGAGGAAGCUAAGGAUGAACCCCCCUCUGAAGGAGAACCUGAAGAGGAGGAGGAGAAGGAGAAGGAGAAGGAAGAGGCUGAGGAAGAGGAAGAGGAAGGAGAGGAAGAGGAAGAAGGUGCCAAGGAAGAAUUUGAGGAUGCAAAGGAGGAAGAAGGAGGUGAAGGUGAAGGAGAAGAUGCCCAAGAAGCUGAGGACGAGAAGAAAGGUGAAGGUGCUGGGGAGGAGCAAGCAACCAAGAAGAAAGAUUGAACCCCCCUUUUCUUAAUUAUUUCAGGAAUAAUCCUCCCGAAACUAGGUCAACCCCAUCACCAACCAAGCAGUUGAGUUCCCAAUACUAUAUGAAUUAAGAAGUCAAUAUAUGUAACAUUCUGAGGUGACUCAGGUUGGACAUUAAACGUUGGGCUGUGACUUUUCUCCUUA